CUCGCCUUGCAAAUUUGUUGGUUUUCCAAAACCGUGAACAGUAAAGCAAUUAAUUAGAAUGUUUUUAAAAACUUUGUGUUUUAAAAGCAGAGUACUUAAAGACUGGACACCAUCUGCUGAAGGCUAAACUUUAAAAUGCACCUUCUAACGCUGGUCAGUUUUCUGUUGGUUUCUUCUUUUAGCCUAGCUGCCAAUUACUAUGGUGGAAGACGACCAGCCGGUCCUUCUCCAGCCGGGCCUUCACCAGGCGUUGACCCGUGGUCUCUCAUCGUUUCCGGUUCAAAACACCCAUGGCCUCUUGACCUUUCUGGACCCGACAAUAACAUCCCCGUCGGUCCUACACGUUCCACCUUGACCUGUGAAUUUGGUCGACAGCUCAACCAACAGGGAUCAUGUCGGUCACUCUAUAUGAGCAACAAGGCUGCCGAUUGUCCGCCAAAUUUCAGCUGCCAGUCUGCGUUCGGUCUUUGUUGUUUAGUUAAUAACCCAUGCUCCGAAGGAAGGCCCUUGCUCUCCAAUGGCGAGGCUGAGUCAUGUAACACACAGAUCUGUCCUACGGGGUACACAUGUUCUAGAGGAGACCAGUAUGCCGUGUGUUGUCCAGAAGUCACCAAUACCGAUCAGUACCCGAGAACCACUUCCGGUCAGUACCCAACACACCCUCAGCCCUGCCCAAGUGCGGCCUGUCCCUAUACCAAUAUACCCCCAAACUGCAGGAGGGAACGAGUCAUAACCUAUAAUGGGAUCAGAUGUCGGUGUGCACGAAACGCUUGCAGUAAUGGAGAUAGGACUUACGGUUGAUUUUUAAAAAAAAAUUUAUAGAUUGAAUAUACACUGAUUGUAUUUUUGUAAUAAAAAUGUUGUA